AUGUCGCAGGCGUACUUCCGAGACCUCAACCCCGCACAAGUCCAAGCCGUUCAACACCCUCCGGACGUCCCACUACAAAUCCUCGCCGGUCCCGGGAGCGGGAAGACCAGGGUCCUCACCGCCCGGAUUGCCCAUCUUAUCUUCACCACCACGUCGCGCACAAGCUAUAUGCGCGUUACAUUUACGAAUAAGGCCGCGAACGGAUGCCGGGCGCGGCUAGACGUGCUUGUUGGAUCGAUGAUCGCGAAAGCCAAGGCGCGUGGUCAACAGCAGACGAUGUCAAGUCAUAUACCUCCGCAACAAAGCCAAGGGCAGUCGAAGGCGCACACGAGUACCACGGACGACGACAGUGAUGGCGACCCCGACGAAGGGGAAAACCAGACAUUGCAAGAUGCCAAUAUCAUGGCGGUUGUCGCAGACGUCUACACAAGACACAACACCAUACAAUACAAGCUCAUGAGACGGAUCGCUGCGGCGAGUGGAUGCGUGACGAUUGUGGGUGACCCUGACCAGUCAAUUUACGGCUGGCGCUCUGCGGAAGUGAAGAACUUUAUGAAGAUGCAGCGAGCCAUUUGUUGCUUACCACGGUGCAUGAUCGGCAGACUUCCCGAAGACGCAACAAAUCUCCUCGAGCAGAACUAUCGCUCAACAGCGUCCAUUCUUAGUGCCAGUAUGGCGAUCGUGAGUCAAGAGAGCGCACUGCAGAAGGAAGGCAUCCCUAACAGGGUCCUGGGUGGACACAAGUUCUUCGAACGGCUCGAGGUCAAAGACUUGCUGGCAUAUCUGCAACUCAUCGACAACCCACACUUUGUACCCGCUUUUGCCAGAGUCAUCAACGUCCCUGCGCGAGGGAUCGGCGAGAAGCUGCCACGAAGGCUUAUACCUCUGCAUGCAGACAAUCGCCGAGAUUCUGGCUACCGCACAGCCCUCAAGCUGUCGCCUUUGGAGGUGGUGAUGCGCAUAUAUGAUGGUACACUCCCGGACAUCAAGCCAAGUGUCAAGCGCAAGCUCGCGUCGUUCGUCCCUCCUGUCAGGAUGUUGCAGAAACUAGCACAAGCGGUCUGUCAUCCACUCACGCACUGGUAUGAAUACGAGGCAUACCUACGCAAGAUGCAAAAGGACUGGGACAGUCGAUGGGAGAACGUACAGGAACUCAUCAACUUUGCGAGUGAAGUUGAGACGAAGUUGGGGGAUGGAAUUCGACGGGAUCAGUUGGACGACGAGGGGUUCGUGGAGGCAUCCAUGCUUUCAACAGAUAUGACGGCGGAUAACAAGGACGACGGCAAGGGGGCCUCGAAUGGCCUGUCGUGUUUGUUCCUGCAGGCUCUCCUCUAUCUGACGCAUGCGAAUUCACGCAUGUUUGCGGGAGAGGCCAAGAAGAAGGAUAUGUCGGAUUUCGUCUCCGCCGCUCUCUGGGCCAACCAGCUCCUCGGAAGGAAUGUACCGGACGAAUCAGACGUUGCCCGUAGAAUGGCUCAGUAG